GGGACUGGCACCGACCCCUCUGAUAUUAUUUUGAUAUUAUUUAUUUUUAUUUGUUUUCCCUCGUCGCUCACUCUCUCUCUCACUCUCUCCCGCCUCCCACAGGAUGACUACGUAAGAAGCGGCAGGCUUCUUUGUCCAGACCCAUCACCACUUAGCCUGCGCCCCUGAGCCCCCCUCCACAAGCCCAAGGUCCAUUGGCACUAUCCUCUUUGGGCUAGACGGCCGACUCCCUCCACCUUUGGGCCUUUCUUCCCCUCUUGCUGCUGGGCUCGCUGCUUGCUGCUUGCACCUGUAUGCCAUCCGGUGCUUCUUUGCAGGUUGAUCGUCUCUCCUUUUUUCCUGAGUCGCGCACUACUUACGAAAAGGCUCACAAGGUCUUACCAAGACACACACAUCAUUUUGGGCAGCACAUGUGGAGCAUCCCAUCGUCUUUGAUUGCUGAGGGCAUUCUUUUGUUGCUCCAUUGCGCCGCCGAGGCCAUCUAAAACAAUUCGAUCCCAAAGUCGACAAACGGCCAUUUCUUCUUGCUCCCUUCUCGAAUGCAGCCUGGUCCGCCGCCAUCAGCAAUCCCAUUCAUUCCGUCUCACUCUCCGACGCUGGUGUCCGUCUUCCUCAGCCUCCUCUACGCAUGAUUGAGGCCAUGUUUGUCGUCGCGUUUCCCUUUCCACCUUCGACAUCGGGCUCCCUCUUCCCCAGUGCAUAAUCUCCAUGGUACACCUUGUUUCUUAAUACCCCUUCCUAAAACCCAUCUUUCCGCCCAAUUACCUGCCGCCGCCCGCCCCUGGUUGGCCCGAAGAGAACCCCUCGAUCUGCCUUCCGAUCUUGACGACCCGCGCCUUGUCCAACCCAAACUUGUUUCCUACGAACCCGCCAAACCACCAAACCGCGCCCCGACGACACACGCUGCCGCCAACGUCGACCGUUGCACACAGUACUCUAUCCAACCAUGGCCGGUGUCCUGAGCAAGCGCCAGCAGGCGCGUAACGAAAAGGUCCUUCACGAUCUGGUCCAGUCCGUACCGGGGAACAACUUGUGCGCCGACUGCCAGGCGCGGAACCCAGCAUGGGCCUCUUGGAGUCUGGGCGUGUUCCUUUGCAUGAGAUGUGCCGCUAUCCAUCGAAAGUUGGGAACCCAUAUCUCAAAGGUGAAAUCCUUGAGCAUGGACAGCUGGUCUAAUGAACAAGUGGAGAAUAUGAAAAAGGUCGGAAAUGUCAGGUCCAACCAGAUUUACAACCCCGAUAACAAGAGACCUCCCGUUCCUGUCGAUGCCGACGAAGCUGAUUCCGCCAUGGAACGAUUUAUCCGCACCAAAUACAUGAACAACAUCCCCAUCCCCACGAGGAAGCAACAUUCGGGCCUUUCAGAUGAAGGCGUUCCUCCGCCGCUACCACCAAAGUCGGGAGGAAAGUUUGGCUUCAGAUCAGCCUCGUCAAUCUUCCCGCUAUCGUCUCGGCUGAGAAAGGAUUCGUCAUUGCGUAACACCAUGUCGAGUCCCCGCGAGCCGCGAAGUCCCUCGCCCAGCGAUUUGCCGAACAAGCCCUCCAAGGUGUUUGGCGCAAGCGUGUCGUACGAGCAGGAAGAUACAGAGAGGAAAUUGGCCAGUCUGAGGGACAUGGGAUUCUCCGAUGGCCAGCGCAACGCUAUGGUGCUGAAGGGCGUGAACGGAAACCUGGAGCGCGCAAUUGAGACACUGGUGCGGUUAGGCGAGAGCGAUAGACGGUCACCUUCUUUGACAGGGCCUCGUGAGAGCUCUUUGCGCGCGACACGCUCGCACGCGAACCUGUCAACGUCUAGUGGAUUAUCUGCACCGCAUCAGACGUUCAGUGACCACCCCCAGUCGCCCUCGACAGCCUCGAGCAACAACCCCUUCGACAUGCUGCCGCCGCAGCCGCAAUCUUCCCAAUCGACCGGCACGCUCCAGAACAAAAACCCUUACGCGAACAACCCGUUUGGAGCUCCCACGCAACAGCAGCAAGAUAUUGCCCAGGCCUUCGGCAGCAUGUCCCUCGCUCCAGCGCAACCCCUAUUUCCGCACCACACGGGCGGAUUGCCGGCUUCCCAGCCAUUUGCUCAGCCUCAGCAAAUGUACCAGCAGUCCAUGACGCCUCCCAUUCCGCAGCAGCAUCAGCAGCAAAACUACAACCCCAUGAGCUUUAAUAGUAAUAUGACAUAUCCCCAACCCAUCCAGCCGCAGGCAACGGGCUACAACCCAUUCCUCACGAACCAGGCGCAGCCUCAGCAGCAACAAAACCUUGCAGUCAACACAGGGCCAUCGUCAAGCCCAUACGCGAACAAUCCGUUCACUCGAUCUCCGACAAGAAUCCAGUCGCCUUCGCUAGGCCAGAUACCCGAGCAGUCGCAAUCGAACUUUUACAUGGACUCUCCGCAGACGAUGACACCACAGAGCAGCAACCCCUUCUUUGCACAACUAGGCUCGCAGCCUACGGGGCAACAGCAGGUACCACAGCAGCAGCAGAUGUACCAGCAACCAUUCCAGCAAGAGCAGCCGGCGUUUGGGCAGCAGCAACAGAACCCCUAUCAGCAGCAGCAACAAAAUGCUUUCCAGCAACCGGUUCAACAGCCGUUCCAGCAGCAGCAGCAGCAGCAGCCGCAACAGCCGUUCCAGCAACAGGAGAUGCCGCAGCAACAAUAUCAGGUUCCAACGCCACAGGCUCCGUACCAACAGCAGCCCCUGCAACCUCAACGGCCCGACAAGGCUUCGAUCUUGGCACUGUACAGCCAACCGCAGCUGGCGCCUCAGCCCUUUGCACCCCAGACCCAGGCGCAGACGCCAGAGGUACACCCCGAAGUCGCAGCACCUCAGCAGCAGAGCCAAGACGCAGCGAGCGGGUCCAUGGCAGCAGGAAGCAAGAACCCCUUUUUGAUGAAUGGCGGCGGUGGUGGUGGAGGCAUGUCAUCGCCGCCGCCGCCACAGCAGGCAAUGGCGCCCCCCGUAGCGAAUGCUGUCGGGCCGCGUAAGGCGGGUGUCAGCCGCGAGAGCAUGGCAUUUACGGAUAUGCAGUGGACGAACGGGCGACACAGCCCAGACGCGUUUGCCAGUCUAAGCGCGCGGCACAUGUGAAAAGGCCUUUAGGAGGGGUGUCUCGAGGUCUUGAUUCUUCUUGUAAAUACAUGCUUCUCUUUUGCUUUUCUUCCGUUUUUUUGUAAGAUAAAACUAUCGAUUCGAGACGAUGUCCGGAAAUUUUCGCAUGCC